CUCCCAAGGAGGCCCAGCUGCUGGCUGCCGCAUCUGCUGGCAGCGGCGAAAACGCUCCCAAAUAGAUUCGGGGGCUACGCAAAACACAGCGAUUCGAGGGGCUGCCCGCCGGCCCUGAGUCGGAGCGGUCUCAGACAGGGGAGCAUGGCAGCCCUCCCCCGCCCCCGCACCCACUACGCCGCCGCCGCCGCGAAUCGCUGGCUCCUCCCCGAAGAGAUCCUCGACCUCUUGACCCACGCCGGCCGCCUGAACCUCCAGACGUCCGGCGCGGCGCCGGACCGGCCGCCGAGUGGCGCGUGCUACCUGUUUGAUCGACGGGUCUGCCGACGCUUCCGGGCCGACGGCCACGGCUGGACGAGCCGCGGCGAUAGUAAUCGCGUGCGCGAGGACCACGUGCGGCUCCGCGUGGACGGUACUCCGAGAGUGGCCGCGGCACAUGCCCACCACGCCGACGACCCGCAGUUCCACCGGAGGACCUACCAGCUCAUCGACGAGGGGGCGCCGUUGUCCUUGGUCCACUAUCGCCGCGUCUUGCCAAGAGAGGCCGGGGCGCGCGUCGUCAGAAGGCGCGAAGCGGAGCGCCAGAGCGCGCUCCUACAAUCGUCGGCCAUGGACACGGACCUGAGCACGUGGGCGGCCGUCUUCGGCGAGGACGACACGAGCCACGAGUUACGAGCGUCGCCCGUCGCGGUGGACUGCCUGUCUUCUGUCAAGCAUCCACCGUCCACGAUCCAACGCGUCGAGCCGCCGCCGGCGCCUGUUGUGAAGAGGUCAAUAGCGGACGUCGCGCCCCGGCGGUGUGGCUUGGUGGAGACGACGUUCCUCAUUUGCGUCGACGCGCCGCUCGACCCCUUGCAAAGCGGGGAGCGGCUCGCGGUGCGGUUCAGCGGCGGCCUCGACGUCAUCACGCCCGCCACAAAAGUGAACCCCUACUGCGUGCGCUGCGUUUUGAAGCCGCAAGCCGCGGGCCGGGCGACUUUGGAAGUUGUCGCGGCGCGCGGGUCCAUCGCGCGGCCGCUGACGAAGGUUGAUGGGGACGGCGUGACCGUCGGGCCGCCGGCGCCCGCGGACGCGGCGCUGGACCAGGUGAGGCCUGCGCCAACGCCCGCGGACGCUGCGAUGGACGACGAGGCGCCGGUCGCAAACGAGGCGCGGCCGUCGAAGCGCGCGGCGACCGACGACGACGCCGCGCGGCGAAGGACGGACGAGGCGGCGACCGAACGGCCGGCGGACGGCGGCCGGCAAAGCUCCGCACCACGCGUCCCGCUGCACCUCGACGCCUUCGACGCGAACACUCUAUCAGCGUUAAGUGAUUCCGAGCUCGACGCGGCCGUCGAGCAGCUCAUGCUACGGGUGGUCGGCCAGAUGGGCCGGCUCGCCGCCACGCCGCAAGACCUGCGGGACGAAUUGGAUGCGCCCGAUGCUCACGGCCUGUCGUUGUGUCAUUACUGCGCGCUGUACGGUCUGGCGGACCUCGUGGACGCCCUCAUAUCAAAAGGCGCAUCACCUGAUGGGGCCCCUGGAUGCGGCGAGACGCCGUUGCAUCUCGCGGCGGCGGCGGGCAAGGGCGAGACGGUCUCCGUGCUGCUAAAGCGCGGCGCGGAUCCAGGGAGGAGGGACGCCCGGGGCCGGACGGCGCGCGACGUCGCUCAUGAUAGAGGACAUAUUCAACUCGCUGAAGCAUUGGGGUCCGAGACGACGCGGCGCCCGUCCCUCGAGGACGCGCCUUCUGUACCGUCCGAGGCGGCUUUACUGCAUAUGGCCUUCUCGUCGCUGUCCAUACGCGAGAAGUGCGCGUUGGCACUCGCGAAGAGGGAUAGAAGCGACAGUGUCUCCGUCAUCACGGACUCGAGCGACCAGGAGUCCUUGGAUGCGGCCGUGACGUUGCUCGCGCCGGACGAGCGCCAACUACUGGAAGCCGAGGCCGUGACCGUCACAGCAAAUGCCCGCGCGUGGAUCGCGCGGCGGCACUUCGUGAAAGUCAGGGAUGCGGCGCGAACCUUGGAGGCGCGCUGGCUCGAGCACCGGAAGCGGGAACGCUCGUCCCUCGAAAAGAUCCCCGAAGACAGUGAACCCCUCACGAAGUUCCAGGCCGCGGCGCGCGGCGCGCUCGCGCGCGGCCAGCUGGCCACGAUCAAGGCCCAGAUGCUCGCUUUAUUGGUCAUCUCGCGGGGGUUCCGGGAUAAGUUGAGGAAUCCUUAG